UUUUUUUUAACAUUUGUUUUAUCUUCCAUUUUAAUAAAUAUUAAAUUUGAAUGGGAGUAAUAAUUAAACAUGUUCACAAAGUAAUUGAGAAUAAGUUUUAUGAGACCUUGGAUCAUGAAGUUGUGCCUCAAAUUUGAGUUUAAUUCUUUACUAAAGGAAUGAAAAAAGACUUGAUAGGAUAAUUUAGUUUUGCUAUCAAUAUAUGCUAACAAUGAACAAACACAAACUGAACCUCAAGACUUCAGGGUGGGUUGUCAAAUUCUGAUGCCCUUAAGUCUUCUCUUAUUUCAUCAAGAAUACAAAAUUCUAAUGAAGUGCAUAAAAUCCAUUUUUGUAGUUAACUGUGGUUGAAUAAAGUAACGACUUUAUUAUACUGUCCCAGAUUUUUUUGCUGCUUGUUUUGAUGUUUGAUCCUGUCCAACUCUCUGUGACCCCAUAGAGGGUUUUCUUGGCAAAGAUCCUGAAAUUGUUUAUCAUUUCCUUCUCUAGGAAAUGACACAAAUAGAGAUUAAGUGACUUGCCCAGGGUUUCACAACUAGUGAGUACUUGGAACUGGAUUCAAAAUGAGGUCUUCCAGGCUUCUGGCCUUUCUACUGAGCCACCUUGCUGACUCCAAGGCAAACAGUUUCCUAACAGUCCUGAGAAACUUGUACUUGAACACCUUCAAUGAUGGGAACUCUUUAUCUUGGAAAUCAGUCUUUUCAUAGCACUCCAUACACAUUUAAAAACUGUUAAAGUUGGGCUCUAUAACAGUGGUGAAGAUAACACUGUUACAAGCUUCAGGUUCUUUGUGUCUUCAGAACUAGUUCUGGGAAUCUAUUCUGCUUUCAGUUCUUCCAGGGUGGUAUGAUGAAAGCAAGUCCCAGAUUUGGAGUAUCUGAAUACAGUUUGAUCUCAUAUCUCUGAAGAACCUGAAUUCCAUUAUCUGCACUUCUACUACCUGUAUGAGUUUAAGUAUCUUUGAAGAAAUAUUUUUCUUGUGUUUAGGUUGAAGAGACUACAAUUCAAGAGAAUUAAGAUCAAACAAAUAACAUCUUGGGGGAAAAAAAAUGGAAGCUUCCUAUCAAGUUUUAGAACAGUUAUAUAAGGAGGUACUUCUUGAAGCUACACUUGAAAAUGAUAGCCAGGAAUAUGCAUUUCAUCUCAAUCUAUCAUUUUCAGCCCAAGAUUUAUCCACAUCAAAUUUCCUAAAGUGGCCAAGUGUUCAUCAUGGUGACCAGGCUAAUUCUGUUAAUGUGGAUACCUUUCCCACUCCAACAGCAUCAAUAAAUUUAAAAAUGAAUUUUCAAGUUAAUAACCCCAGAGAUAUAAUGCUACUUCAACUAACAGUAAUCAAGAUGAUGAUAACCAAAAUAUUAUCCACAAAAAUGGAAUUCAGUAUAAAAGAGAAGUACAGUGAUAUAAUUGAAAUUCUUUUAAAGCCUUAUGAACUGGAAUCCAAAUUAAUCAGCACAUUCCAUGGUUCUGAUAAGUUAUUGUCUCAUAUGGCUGCAAAGUGUCUUGCCUCAAUAUUAUAUUUACAACUAAGAGAAAAAGCUAUAAUAAAUAAAACAUGGACGGCUUUUUGUUUAAAAACUCUUUCUGACUAUCCUGAAAGUAAUGCAAUUUCAUAUUGUCUCUGGACUCUUACAGCCGUGAUAAAAGAAAUAUUGAAAGCUACAUGUUUACAAAAAACAGAAAUAUUGAAGCAGUUUUUGACAUCUUUUGAUUCUCCUUUUGAAGUCUUUUACUAUUCAGUUUUUUCUCAGUAUUUUGAAAACUGUCAAGAUUCUUUACUAAAUCCCCGAAUUACAAAUUUCUUGAUUUGUUUUUUGGAAUUUCUUGAAAUUCUAAUAGCCUCCCGAAUUUACCUGAAGUUACAUUUUACUUGCCAGAGGAUUUUUUAUUUGAACAUAUCUUGUGCUUUGGAUAUUAUUACCUGGCCUAUUCACUCUUUAGUCAAAAAGAAGUUUAUCAUACUUAUUAAAAGAUGUCUACUACAUAAAGUGGGUGAGGAUGCCCUAAAAACUUCAUUUUCCACUUCAGUUAUACAAGAUCCUUAUUUAGAUAUGGACAUGUUAGCUUUGGGCAAUGCUUUUUUGCAAGCUGUGAAUUUGGGAUGGUUGAAGCAAUUAACUAUAAGUAGAAAACCCAGCCAUUUUGGAGGCAGUGAAGUUCAACCUGGAAAUAAAAGUCUUCUUGUCCCUGAUCUCAUUAUGCUCAGAGCAUCAAGUUUGGUUUUACUGAAAUCUUUAGAAAUCAAGGCGCAUAAUUGUACAUCAGCAAUUGAAAUAAAAGUUGAAUUACAGAAAUUCAUGUCUGAGUUGCUGGCCGUCUUGAAACACCAUCUUCCGUCUUCCUUAAAACUGAAUCAUCACUGUGAAUGGCUGUCUAAAAUCUUCAUAGAACAAGAUGAUGACAUGCUAGAGGCUGCAAAAGCAUCAUUAGGCAUUUACCAAAAGCUGACUAGAGCAUGGAAUGAAGCUGCUAAGGGCACGACCCAAGAAAAAGAAACUUGGGACCAUCAGACACAUGAAAAUGGCCUUAAUCCUCACUGUAUUUUCUUAUUUCUCUUAAAAAAUAUUGAUUUUGAUGCAACAGUUCUCCUUGACUUUUUAAUUUCAUCAGAAACCUGCUUUCUUGAAUACUUUGUUAGGUAUUUAAAACUGCUCCAAGUAGAAAGGAACCAUUUUUUAAAAGUUUGUAAGUUCUUUGAUGUAGCAGAAUUAAGAGAUGAUAUGCAUAUUUCUAGUACUUUCACUUCAUAUAUUGAAAAAAGACACAGCAAUGAAGCUCCUCACCAGCCUCAUUUUUGUGGUACAAAUUAUGCUCUUUUGCCCUUGACUUCUGAUCCUACUUCUUCUGGAACAAAUAUUGAACAAAGAGACAACCAGACAAUGAAGUCUAAGCAACCUAACUUACUGAUAUGCACUGAUAACACAUCUUCACUGGGAGCCUUUCAACGCCUGGUUGAUUAUGACAGCUCAGAGGAGUCUGAAGAGGAGUCAGUGGAAGAAGAAUGUUUAUCAAGCAUUAAACAGACUCCUUUGAACCAUCAAGCCAAUAUGAAGAUAAGGGAAACUGUUAAUAUGACUGAAGAAAAGAACCAGAAUAUCUUAGAUUUUAAUGCCAGAUUACUAGAUCCAAAAAAGUCUUCUACUUUGUCAUCUUUAGGUUGUGAAGCUACCCUAAAUAAUACUGCUUCCCAAACUGUAAUAUCUUCUAAAACACUUAAAUGCUUGAAAGAGCUAGAAGAGGCAAUUUCCCGUUUGCAGAGGAGACAUCUCUUUCCAUACAAUCCUUCGGCAUUAUUGAAAUUGUUAAAACACACUGAAAUGAUAAAUAAGACUGUGAACCUGUUAUAAAGACUACGUUUCCAUGUAGCCUUUCCUAAUUAAUCUGCUUUUUAAAAAUUUUUUAGAAGUCUAGGCACUUUUAUUCCCUUUGUUAUUGUUUCACCACUCCCCUACUCAGACUGAACAUCAGGGUUAUUUCAGGUGCUGUUACUAAUGGACUUUUUCAGCUAAUAUUGCCCUUAUGUCAUUUUUUGGUCCCUUUGUUCUCCUUCUUUAGGCUACUGAGCAUUGCCAGAGAAAAUUACAAGAGUGAUGAUUUAUUGUAGUACAAAUUAAUAUUGUCUAAUCUCAGAUCCUCCAUUUGCCUUAAAAAUCAUUAUAUUCAUCUUUAGUUGACUUACUGUCAAUUUACUUUCCUCAAAGCAUUUGUUAAGAACUUAUUCCAUUCUUGUCUAUUUAUUACCUUUUUGCUCACUGUAGAUAACUUCGUUUUUUAUUUUACUUAGACAACAGUAUUUGAUAUGAGUGCUUCCAACUUCUACUCUUCCUGACUCAAAAGUUCUUUUUUCAGUUCUUCUACCUUUCAAAGGAAGAAAUAAAAUUGACCUAUGCUAUCCUUUAUAUUAUUCCCUCUCCUUUUACAGGUACUUGCAUUAUUGAUUUUUUUAAAAAACAUUUUUAACCUUAAUUUUAAAUCUUUAACAAUUCCCUAUGUCUUGAACCUAGAGGAUCUGGCAUGUACUAAUAAAUCUCUUAACUCGUAACUAUAUGAUCAGUGUCUUUUAUCUUCUGAUCUAUCCUCUACUUUGUUCUUGGAUUAAUUUUCUUUAAAGCGGGUUCUGAUAAUGUCAUAUACAGUCUCCAUACCAAAAAAGCCAAUACCAACUGCUUCCUGAAUAAAGGUCAGAUUCCUUGGUCUCACAUUCAGGUGCUACAAAAUUUAAUUCAAUUCUGUCUUUCUGGUCUUCGCCCUACUAUUCUCCAUCAGGCACCUGUGCUUUUGCUUAAAAAAGAAAAGUCCUCACCUUCCAUCUUGGAAUUAAUACUACAUAUUGCUUCUAAGGCAGAAGAGCAUUAAGAGCUAGGCAGUGAUGGAUAAAUACCUUGCCAUGGGGCACAUAGAAAGUACCUGAGGUCAAAUUUGAACCCAGGACCUCCUUUUUCCAGGACUAGCUCUAUCUACUGAGACACUUAGCUGCCCCUUACCCCAUGUUUUGGUGAGAAAUUACUAGUUUCCAUUCCCCUAAAUAUCACCAUCAUUGUCUACCUUUUUGGCCUUUACUUAUAGUUCUCUCCUCUUCUCAUUCCCCAAAGCUUUGCCAGCCUAAUUCAUACCCAAGCUGAUAUGCCAGCUCCAUACAGUAUUCCUUCAUCUCUCCAAGAUGGAAAUAAUUUUCUUCUAAAUUAUCCCUGGUUGCACUUUUACAUUCUAUGUUGGAUAAAUGUACAGUAAAAUAUAAGCAUAUUGAUAUGAGUCCUUGUUUCAUUUUUCCUUUAUAUACCCAGUGCCUAGAACAAUGCUUUGUACACAUUGGUUUUUAAUAAAUAUAUGCUGAAUUAAA